AUGUGCAUUGUGCUAAUUUCUAGUUCCAACAGUAUCCCAAAGUUUAUUGAGUACGGAAUCAUAGAUAUUGAAGGAACUCUAAUAAAAGGCAACUUGAUCUGGUUGUCAAAGGAAAUCCCAGCAUGGAGUAGCACUGAGCUGCCUUGGAGCUUUUCAGGAGACUCAAAGAUGCAAAAAAUUAUUUUUGAAUAUUAUUCUUCAAGAGUGACCCAUUAUGUGAAACAAUGCAACUGGCUUCUCAGUAACUCAUUUCAUGAACUUGACUCACUGGCCUGCGAUUUAAUUCCUGGGAUCAAACCUGUUGGCCCAUUACUUUUGGGCAAUCAAUUAAGCAAUUAUGUUGGAAGCUUUUGGCCUCAGAAUUCAACUUGUCUAUGUUGGCUUGAUAAACAACCUGUGGGUUCAGUCAUUUAUGUUGCUUUUGGUAGCUUAGCAAUCUUCAGGCAGCAACAGUUUGAUGAACUAGCACUUGGUCUUGAACUCAUAGGCAAGCCAUUUUUGUGGGUUGUUGGAUCAGACAUAACAGAUGGAGCACUUGCUGAAUUCUUGCUUGUGUUUAGAACAAGACUAAAUGAUCGUGGAAUGAUUGUUGAAUGGGCACCUCAAGAGAAGGUGUUAGACCAUCCUUCUAUUGCAUGUUUUCUAAGCCAUUGUGGAUGGAAUUCAACCUUGGAGGGUAUAAGCAUGGGAGUCCGAUUUCUAUGUUGGCCUUUCUUUAUAGACCAAUUACAUAAUAGGUGUUACAUAUGUGAUGUUUGGAUGAUUGGUUUAGGGUUGACCCCAGAUGAAAAUGGGCUCAUCACGAGGCAUGAAAUCAAAACAAAAAUAGAAACACUGCUCUCUGAUGAUGGUAUAAAAACAAAUGCACUGAAGCUAAAGAAAAUGGCCAAAACGAGUGUAAUUGAAGGUGGAUCCUCUUUUAAGAAUUUCGAAAGCUUUAUUGAACAAUUAAAGCAUUAAGGAUGUUAUAAAGUGUUACUGUUAUAUUGUUUCUAAGUGUGUCCAAGCAUGUCCUUAUUGAAAUAUUAUUUUGAAUCGUGUUCCUAAAAAAUGAAGCUUUACAUUGAAAGAGAUAGUGUGCGUGUUCACCAACCUAUGUAAGGAUUUGAAUUUCCUUAAAUGGAUUGCAAAGUUAGCAUCA